CUCUCUCUCUAUAUAUAUAUACCAAGUUCUCCCGCUCACACUAACCAACCUACCAACCUUCCUUACGUCCCAAGAAACCAGCUUGGUUUUCCCGCUCAUACUUUCCCAAGAAAAUUCAUCAAAAGAAAGCAAACACAACCAUGCCCAGGAGAGUCCGUACCAAUCGUUUACAAAGGAAUCACAAUCGCAAUCGACCCAAUCGAUGCCGCUGUCUCUUUUUCAUCUGCGUUGCUGCCUUAGUAAUCCUUUUCAUGCCUGAAGUAUAUAGAGAAUGGAAACGUUCUCAACAGGAGGCCUUGAACCUUGAUUUCUCAGCUGAUGUCUUUCUUGAUCCGGGGUAUUUCCAGUUGGACUAUGAGGAAAUGGAGAGGGAGUUCAAGAUAUAUGUAUACAAGGAUCGUGACCUCGACAAGCACUACUUGUUGCCACGGCAGAUCACAAGAAAUGCUUUGAAGGUUGACAUGUUCUUUAAGAAUCUCAAAGAGAGUAGGUUCUACACCGAAGAUGAUGACGAGGCUCACCUCUUCUUGAUCCCCAUAGAAACCCACCGAAUGCAGGGAGAAUCCUUUGAGAAAAUGGCCAGUUUGGUCCAGGAUCAUGUCGAGGGAUUGAUUUCAAGAUACAAAUAUUGGAAUCGAACACAAGGUGCUGAUCACUUUUUUGUGAAUUGCCAUGAGAUUGGUGUGAUCGCUACGAAAGGAUUGCCAUUACUUGAGAAAGCAAUUCAAGUUGUGUGUGCAUCUAGGAAUGCUUUGGAAUUUAUGCCACACAAGGAUAUUGUCCUCCCAGCUGAAGAACUUCAACCAAACAUGGUAAAUGACAUUAACAGAUUUGGGGACUUCUGCUCAUGCAAUGUAGCCCCAUUCCAUGCUGCCUGUAUAACAGAGGCCAUCCUUGAGGGAUGUGUUCCUGUUGUCUCAUUAAGCAACCAUGAUGUGCCAUUCAGUGAUACUCUUGACUGGACGAAAUUUUCUGCAAUAGUCUCCUCCAAGAAAGAUUAUUUCACUGCUACAGGCAUAGAAGGUGAAAAUUUCACCAAAUUGCACGACAACCUAAAGAAGGUCCAAAAGCACUUUAAAUGGAAUUCUCCCCCAGUCAAAUUUGAUGCUUUUCAUAUGAUCAUGUACAAGCUCUGGAUGCGCACACAUUACUAAAUUGGAGUGAAGCAGAAAGCCUAUCUAUUAUACUUGAUUAAUUCAUCUUUCUUUCUUUUUUUUGAUAAAUUUAACAUGAGCCUGAGGGAUCAUGUUGUUACAGUACUUGCUGCAUAUUUCUCACCAUACAAUUUCUUCCCACACGCAUCAAACAGAUAUAUUCUUCUGCUGUAGUAGAAUGUUUUGAUUGACAUGAAGAUGUAAAUUGAUACAUUUUUUCCCUCGGAUAGAAAAGAUACUUUUGCUAGA